AUGCGAGUCCAAUUGCUCCAGGUCGCCAUGUUAUUUGCGGCUGCCUAUGGCCAGAUCAGUCCUCAGGUCACAACAUAUGCUCUAAGUUUUGAUGGUGCAGCUGUCGUGAGUCUGCUUUGGGGCCUAGACAGUGAGCCAGCUUCAACUUAUGAUUUUUAUCUUUGUGCUGGUGACGAGACGACAGGUUCAUAUGACACUCUAUCACAAGUCAUCAACAAUGGCGCCUAUGCUUCUGGUGACGUGGUGUCAUUUCAAGUCGACCAAAGUAUCGGUGGAAAUGAACCGAAUGCAUACUUCCUCAAGAUAGUUCUAUCUGGCCCUCAUAAUCCCUGGUCCGGUUUCACUUCCCAUUUCACUUUGACCAAUAUGAAAGGUACCUUCUCGACCAAAGUAACAGAUGCGAUCAAGACAAUGCAGCCGGUUGCUGCCGUCGCUAUUCCUUGGCCUACAGUCGAAGACGAUGAGGACCUCCUCGAGGCCGCCGAAAUCACCUCAACUUCCAACAUAUCGAGUCUCAUCAAGAAUUUCUCAACCGAAACGGUCUUGCAGUUCUCAAUCCCAACCGUCAAAGGCGAAGCCGAGCACAAGGAGUUGCGUAAAAGACAGGCGGCUGCUGUCGGUGAGGUUGAGGUCGGCAUCGUUGCUGCAGUUAACCAGCAUACUGUCCCGUAUGGCGAGCAAACUGGCUCGAUCAAAUACGCUCCAAUGCCGAAGAGCGCUGGGACUACUAUCGCAACCAGAUCGGCCACCCCGCAAUAUCCACCUUUCCCGUUCUCCAUCGCCACUACCUACCUUGGUGUGCCAACCGUCCAGUAUACUGAUACGGCUUUUGCAACGUGGACGGCGAACAGCAUUGAGAACACAGCUGCACCCGCUCCUGCGCCCACGUUAAACAAGAGGAUGCAAAACUGGUUGGAUCGUUGGAACGAUUGA